AUGUAUCAACCUCAGUAUGGCGUGCCACAACAAGGCAUGCAGCCCGUCGCCUACAAUAUGAACGGCAUUCAAGCGGCCGCCAUGGCCGCCACCGCCGCCGCAUCCGGCUCAAAUUAUCCCUACAUGCAUUCCGACCCCAACAUGCCUCACACAUCUCCUCGAAUGGCUGGCAAGAAGGAUGGCCGUGCCUCCCCCCGAAUGAACAGCCAAAUACCGCGCCGGGUCAGCCAGUCCACAGUCCCCAACCCGCAAGCUAUGAUGGGCCGACCUGGUGUGCCCCAGGCGCAAAUGACCAUGGCUCACCCGCAGUCUCCCGAGAUGGCCGCCAGCGGCGUCGAAGAGUCGCCGCUCUACGUCAAUGCGAAGCAAUUCCACCGCAUUCUGAAGCGUCGCGUAGCGCGCCAAAGACUGGAGGAGCAGCUUCGCCUUACCUCCAAGGGUAGACGCCCGUACCUCCAUGAAUCGCGCCAUAACCAUGCUAUGCGGAGACCUCGUGGACCCGGUGGCCGCUUCCUGACCACAGAAGAGGUUGCUGCCCUGGAGAAAGAUGGGAAAGGCCCAGAGGAUAGCCCAGAAGUCGAAGCUGAUGUCGAAGAGGUCAAGCAAUCGAGCGGUGCGGGAGCUGGUACGAAGCGCAAGUCAGAAUCUGCACCUGAUGGGCAAAAUAAGAAAGCGAGAAGAGAUGACGAUGCCGAGGAGAGAAGCUCUCAGGCCACCGCGGAAACUGGCCGGUGA